AUGGCAGAGCUGAGCAGCUCCACCCGGCAGCGUCAGCAGGAGAUGGAGCGCUGCCAGGCCCAGGGCCAGAGGCAAGCAGAGGUGCCAGAGCCCCGGCAAGGAGAGCCCCAGGCAUGCCAGGACACAGAGCAGCAGGAGCUGGAGCCAGCACACGUGCUGGCCUCCUUACAGGCGCUGCAGCUGGACCUGGACUUCUGCAGGGGCAGGAACUGCAAGCGGUUGGUCCAGCUACAGCAGCAAGAGUGCGUGGUGGAGCAGAAACACCAGGACUUGGUCUUUCUGAUGCAGCACUACCAGGAGGUGAUAGGCAAGGGCCAGAAGGAUGAGGCCGUGCAGACAGAGGUCACCUACGCAGGCUCCCAUGACAACGCUGACACCAGCCGUGGGCUUCCCAAAGGGCACGCGGAGCUGCUGGAGCAGCUGAGGGUGCAGGAGGAUCAAAGCCAGGGCCUGCAGCGCAGCCUGGCUCAGCUGCAGGAAGAGCUGGGAGCCACCCGGGCCCGGGAGCAGCAAGGCCUGCAGCAGCUUAGCGGGGCCAAGGAGACCAUCCAAGACCUACAGCAGGAGGUAGCCUCCAGCAGAAAGCACGAGGCAGAGCUGCUGCGACAGGUGCAGGAUGUGGCAACCCUACAGGCAGAGCUGGCCCAAGCCCAGCAGAAGAAAGCCAAGCAGGAGGAAAAGAUUGCAGCCUAUAAGGAACAGAUGCAGCAGCUCCACUUGGAACUGAGGAAGCUCCAGGAGGCCCAGGAGCAGAGCAAGCAGCAGGCCCACUCCCUCCAGCAGAGGCUGCAGGAGCUGAGCAGCCAAGCCCAGCACUGGCAGCAGUUGCACCAGGACAGUCAGCAAGCUCUGGCUCUGCGGGAAGAGGAGCUGGUUGUUUACAAGGUGGAGAUGGCUUUCCUCAAGGAAGAGCUCAGCAAGGCCAUGGAGCAGCUGCAGGACAGGACCGCGCAGCACCACAGCUCGAGGACAGCAGGAGUGCAGGCUGAGCCCCUGACACCAGAGAACAGACCCUGGCCCACAGGCACGGCAGAGGUGGAGAGGACGUGCCAGGGGAUGGCUCACUGCAGAGCCCAGGCCAACGCGGGAGGAAGCUGUGGCUCUGUAGUAACCCUGCGCACUUCCCACACGCUGGGAUGGUCUAACAGCAGCAGGCCGCACCAGGAGAGGGAGCUGCUGCUGGUCAACAUCAGCCAGCGUGCGAAAGAGCAGAUGCAGUCAAGUGAGAAACGAGGGCAGAAGACCCAGCAGCAAAUCAACCACGCUGCAGAGCUGACAGGCAACAAGGAGCAUCUUCAGGACACAUUGGGCAGCUUGCAGGUAGAAAACAAGUACCUCAGGGUCAGAACACAUGAGCAGCACCACAAGGGUGAGCAGAUGAAGGGCAGCAACUUGACUACAGGAGCCACGCACAACUCUGCAGGGCUGCCUCUACCCAGAACUCAGCUCCAGGAUGAGAAGUGACGCAAAACAAACAAAAAAAAAAAAGGUUAAAGACUGACAACCUUUAAACAAAUAAAAU